UUCCUUUGCUGUCAAAUAAAACAUCAUCAUCAUUUUCGCGGACGGCGGACGGAAGGCAAAAGCAAUUGCUCGCGAAAUAACCAAAUAAUUGCGUUGUCUGCGGUGCAAGAGUGCAAAAAUCAUUGCACCUCUGCAGGCAACGUUCCGGGCAAUCGUAUCGAACGUAACGAAAGUGCCACAGUACGCAGCGGGAAAGCAGUACGAAACGUGCGAAAUCGGGUGACCGUGUGAGUGCAGUGUGAAAAGCAGUGAAAAAAGAGAAAAGCAACCCCACUCGGUGUGCGCAUUAUUGCGUCUGGAAAAAUGGUUCCACCAUCGUCGGAAACAGUGUGCUGCACUGCUGCCACCACACGUUGGUCAAUUUUUUGAAUCGAAUUCAGCCAGGGAGUCGUCGGCUUUCCGUGCGGAAGUGUAGAAAAUUCUUCACAAAGCAGCACCAGUGGUUAGUGGCGGGGCAACUGGGCGGAACGAACAUCGCUCUACGCACCCUGUGGUUGGUCGUGUGUCUGCGUGCGUGCUCGUGCGUAGUGUGUUCUUUUCGCGUAAAAGGGGUGUAGUAGCCACGCGCGGAAAGGGUGUGUGUAUUGACGACGAACGGAGGGGGAACCGAGUGAGAGAGGGCAGCCAACUUCCGCUCGCCGCCGGGGUGUGAAUAAAAGUUACAAAGAUAGAUACCGUGUGGGGUUGGGCCUCUGCCCCGCUGCGUCUAGCGGCCAACAGAAUGGGUGACGUACUCAUAUCGGAUCGCCCACCGUCACCGGCGAGCAGACUAUCACACACCUCGGAGAAACAUCCCCGGGUGACGCUGCAGGAGCUGAACGUGUUGCGCCGCCACCGGGAGCUCUGCGACGUGGUCAUUAAUGUGAAGGGACGCAAAAUAUUCGCCCACCGGGUCAUCCUGUCCGCCUGCAGUCCGUACUUUCGUGCGAUGUUUACGGGCGAGCUGGAAGAAUCCCGCCAGACUGAGGUUACCAUCUGCGAUAUCGACGAGAACGCGAUGGAACUGUUGAUCGACUUCUGCUACACGUCCCACAUCGUGGUGGAGGAAUCGAACGUGCAACCGUUGCUGCCGGCCGCCUGUUUGCUGCAGCUCGCCGAAAUACAGGACAUUUGCUGCGAGUUUCUUAAGCGUCAGCUCGAUCCGGAAAAUUGUCUCGGAAUAAGGGCGUUUGCGGAUACACACUCGUGCCGCGAGCUGUUGCGUAUUGCGGACAAAUUCACCCAGCACAACUUCCAGGAGGUGAUGGAGAGUGAGGAGUUUCUGUUGCUUCCGGUUGGCCAGCUGGUGGACAUAAUAUGCAGCGACGAGUUGAACGUACGGUCGGAGGAGCAGGUUUUCAAUGCCGUUAUGGCGUGGCUCAAGUAUAACGUUGCCGAUCGACGGCAGCAUCUGGCCCAGGUGCUACAGCACGUACGAAUGCCACUACUCAGCCCAAAGUUUCUGGUCGGCACGGUUGGUUCGGAUUUGCUGGUACGAUCCGAUGAAGCCUGCCGGGAUUUGGUGGAUGAAGCGAAAAACUAUCUGCUGCUACCGCAGGAACGUCCGCUAAUGCAGGGACCUCGGACGCGGCCCCGCAAGCCAACGCGCCGCGGUGAGGUGCUGUUUGCGGUGGGUGGUUGGUGUUCGGGCGAUGCGAUUGCUUCGGUGGAACGGUUCGAUCCGGAAACGGCCGACUGGAAGAUGGUGGCUCCGAUGAGCAAGCGACGGUGCGGUGUUGGUGUGGCGGUGUUGAACGAUCUGCUGUACGCGGUCGGUGGUCACGACGGUCAAAGCUACCUGAACAGCAUCGAACGGUACGAUCCACAGACGAACCAGUGGUCGUGUGAUGUGGCGCCAACGACCAGCUGUCGCACGAGUGUCGGUGUGGCCGUACUGGAUGGAUUCCUGUACGCUGUCGGCGGACAGGACGGUGUGCAGUGCUUGAACCACGUCGAACGAUACGAUCCGAAGGAGAACAAAUGGUCAAAGGUUGCGCCGAUGACAACGCGACGGCUCGGCGUGGCCGUGGCUGUGCUCGGUGGUUAUCUGUACGCGAUCGGCGGUUCCGAUGGCCAGUGUCCGCUAAACACGGUCGAGCGAUACGAUCCGCGACAGAACAAAUGGUGCGCCGUUAGUCCAAUGUCGACGCGAAGGAAACAUCUCGGUUGUGCGGUGUUUAACAACUUUAUCUACGCCGUGGGAGGACGUGACGACUGUAUGGAGCUGUCGUCGGCGGAACGGUACAAUCCACACACCAACUCCUGGAGCCCGAUCGUCGCAAUGACGUCCAGACGCAGUGGGGUUGGACUAGCGGUGGUAAAUGGUCAAUUGUAUGCUGUCGGUGGUUUUGACGGUACUGCCUAUCUAAAGACGAUCGAGGUGUACGAUCCGGAAACGAAUCAGUGGCGCCUGUGUGGCUGUAUGAACUAUCGCCGGCUAGGUGGCGGUGUCGGUGUGAUGCGUGCUCCCCAAACCGAGAACUACAUGUGGAUUCGCAAAGAUUCCGUUGUUUAACAUUCACACAAAACACAUUCGGCCAGCUUCUGUUCUUCGCUUUCGAACGGCACGAGGCAGGAUUAUUCAGUGCGGCUAUUCGAUGGUGUGUCGUGGAACAGAAGUGGUCCGUAAAAGUAAACGCCGUACGUUUCAUACUGACUAUCACAUAAAUCACCUUAGAUUCGCACCGACAGGCGGAAGCGAAAGCAAAACAGUGCAGCAUGAUCUUUCGCACGGGUGGUGCACGUGCCAGAGGUGUACAUUUGCACGAUUUAAAUCAAAAGUUUAAUUAUGAUUCUUGAUUUCAACACUCACACACAUACAUACACUCACUGCCAGCAUACGGUACAGUAGCAUGCGGGACGAUUUCAAAUUUCAACCCAAAGAAAGUGAAAUGCGAACAUAAGACCACAUAAGUAGGUAGAGGAACGCAUAGACAACAGAAUGCAUCAACGCUUAACAGAUAAACGAAUUAAAAGCUACCCAUUCAUCCCAACACCAAAACAACACACACGCACCCAUUAUGAAGGCAUUAGUAUGUAAGGAUAAGUUCCCAGUAUAAUUUCUUCAGAAAAGAAUUAACACACACUAACGUUAAUUGUUUGAUAAGCGGUUGUUUUUUUCGUAUUCAAACUUAGCACCUUUUUUUACUUCCGUUUUCGGAAGUGUGUUUACCGGCAGAGCAAAAAGUGUCCAGCAAUGUGGGUUAUCGUUGCCUAGCAACAGGUGAAACAUGUUUUGAUAAAGCGAUUUUUUUAUAUUAUUAUUUAUACAACUUCAUCCUUUUUAUGUGCACUUUUGCUCUUUUGCUCUUUGGAUGGUGUACAGUUAUUAAAGUGUGUGUGUGUAUUUUUUUUAUUUAAUUUCAAAUCUUUUUAUAAAGUUUAUUAUCUUGCGAAAUGUGUCCCGAUUAGUGUUGGUUCAUACAUCCAUAAAUGGUUAUCAUUGUAAUCAAUUAGCUAAAAUAUGUAUUCCCGUUUACCGAUUGGUUGGUAUUAACGGCAAUCUAAUCAAAACGUUAAUGGAUAACUUGUUUCUUUUUCUAUGCUUCAUGUGUGUACGAUGACACAUCAAGCUUGUACAUAGGUCCUUCACUCGAUGGCAUCCAGAUCUCAAUCUCUUUACAUUCAAUGAAGUUAUCGGAACAACCUUCCGUGUAACUUUAUUGCAUGGGCAAUAAUUCUCUAGCCAUCGUGAAGAUGAAGAGUUGCGUUUUAGAAUGCGAAGUUAGUAGUUUCAUGCACACGCUUUACACAUGAAUCACCACCGCAUGUGCUUUUAAUGUAUUCAUUGUGUUGCAAACAUGUGCUCCGUUAUAUACUGUUUUCAUUUUCUGCACGAUGCAUUCUUUCGAUAUUUAGUUCAAGAGUAAACAAGGUUCUUCUGCAAUUUAAACUGUGCAAAAUAAUGUUUUAGCACAUGUACAGAACGUAAAAUCCAUUGUGAGCAGUUGGUUUCCGCUUUCGUAUCGUUGCGGAUCACGCUUACACUACGAUGAAAUGCUAAACUCAAGAGCAAACGAACUUCGGAAGUGGUCACAAAGUAUUAGAAAAAAAGAAGAAAAAAAAAGCAGAAGAAAAAUGCUGCUCCGUUUAGAGUGUAAGCCCCUAUCGUUUAAGGAUUUAUGCUCAGCAACGCAUAGACAAUUGUAAAUGGUUUCUCAGCAACUAAACGAAAAUCGAAACAACUAUGUCGACAACUAGUGAAAGAGUAGUGGUAUCAACUAGUGUUAGCCUGAAGGAAGGAAAUUUUAUGCGCUGGCGUAACUCGAUCGAAAAAAAAGGGAAUGCUUCCACAGGUUUUCGACAGUUUCCCAUUUCCAUCUUCCCCCUUCUCUGUCCCGUUAGAGUAUGGGAUUUAAUUGAUAGGCAUUCAAAUCGAUAAGAUAUGUUGAUUAACGAUUGAUUUAUCAGAAUUUCGAAGAAUUAUAGCGUUGUCGCUUUAUCUGUCCAUAAGAAAAAAAAGAAA